CCAUCUUCGCAUGGUGAGGAACAGGCCCAAUCUCAUCGACACGUCCGCUGGUGUUUUACAAGAUAAGCGGACGAGGUCUCAUCCGCUUCAAGUUGAAAUUUAGAACCCUAGUUAUCGCAGUAAGUGCAAAGGAACGUCCGUUUCGAUACCGUUCAUCAUGGAUAUGCAAAGUGAUUUCGACCGACUCCUCUUUUUCGAGCACGCUCGCAAGACUGCCGAAACUACAUAUGCUACAGAUCCUCUUGAUGCCGAGAAUUUGACAAGAUGGGCAGGUGCAUUACUGGAAUUAUCACAAUUCCAGUCGGUCAGCGAAUCAAAGAAAAUGAUAUCUGAUGCUAUCUCAAAGUUAGAAGAGGCUUUGGAGGUUAAUCCACAGAAGCAUGACGCCAUUUGGUGUUUGGGGAAUGCAUAUACAUCCCAUGGCUUUCUAAAUCCCGACGAAGAUGAAGCAAAGAUUUUUUUCGACAAAGCAGCCCAGUGCUUCCAGCAGGCUGUUGAUGCGGAUCCAGAAAACGAGCUUUAUCAGAAAUCAUUUGAAGUUUCUUCUAAGACUUCAGAGUUGCAUGCCCAGAUUCACAAACAAGGUCCCCUUCAACAAGCCAUGGGACCAGGACCAUCUACAACAACAUCAAGUACAAAGGGUGCGAAGAAGAAGAGCAGUGAUCUGAAGUAUGACGUUUUUGGAUGGGUAAUACUUGCUGUUGGACUUGUUGCAUGGAUUGGCUUUGCGAAAUCUAAUAUGCCGCCACCUGCACAUCCUCUUCCAAGAUAAGGGCCAAAAUACAAUCUUCUAGGCCAAAAUACAUGAUGUAAUUUUUUCCUGCAUAAAAAUGGCUUUUGGCGAUUCAAGCUUUUGCCAUAUAGAUAGGAUUUACUGAUGUAACAUAGUUUGAAUUAAGACACUCUUUUGUCCUUUGAUUGAUACUAGUCAUAAAACGAUUUUAUGAAGCUGUUUUAGAAUA